AUGGCAUCACCGAUGGUCAGCAAAUGUAAUUGCGAUAAGAGUAGUGAAUGUAAAAAAGGUGGUAUUGCACAGUGUGACGGAUGUAAAUUGAAGUUUUGUACCAUUCAUUUUGUUCAACAUCGACAGGAAUUAACAAUUGCUUAUCAAUGUGUACUAGCAGAAAGAAAUUUACUGGAACAAUAUUUCUACUCGAUCACCCCCGAAGAAGAUGGUAAUAAUGAUCUAUUCAAACAGAUCGACGAAUGGAAAUUGGAAAUGGAAAUUGAACUACAAUCGACAGUUGAGAAUGCCCGUGAAAAAGUUCGACAAGCAAUCGAUGGCAAUCGUGUAAAAAUUCGGCACAAAUACAACCAGUUAAGUGAUGAGUUACGUCAACGUGCAGAAAAUGACAAUUAUUAUGAGGAAGAUAUUGAAAAUUACACAAACCAACUGGAGAAAUUGAAAACUAAUUAUUCAACGUCAACAAAUAUUCAUCUAAAAUUUCAACCGAUCGAUCUGAUCAGUUGCAUACAAGUUGAAGAUAGAAAUCAACAGCAAGCAUCGGCUGUCACAGUUCCAGUGCUAACUGAUGAGACAGUUAGCACAAGAAAAGAAACAAUCGUCUCAUCGCCACCACCAACACUCUCAUUAGAAAGUAUACCAUUUGAUAAUUUAUCAAUAUUGAAAGAAGUACCAAAAUCUACAAUUGAUGCAGACGAUAUUGAAUAUUUUACAGCAUCCGACAAAUAUAUUCUUCUGUAUUCUUCAUCGAGUAAAAAAAUUAAUAUUAUCGAGCAAAUCGCAGGAAACAAGACUGAAGUAUCAUUCAAAUUCGGUCCGGUAUAUUCACUUUGUUAUUCAUCAGCAAUUGAUCGAUUUCUUAUAUUGAGUGUAAACGGGUUAUUCACAUUUGAUCCAUCUACAUCCGAAACAAAUAAAAUUGACUCAAUUUCCUCUUUAAAUAUAGAUAAUCGUUCUCGAUCGUGUCAUUGUUAUAAUGAUCGUCUAUUUAUAAUAUACGGUAGACAAGAGAUUGAACGACGAACAAUAACAACAACUGAUUGGAAAUUAGUUAACAAAUGGAAUUUAUUUAAAAAUGAUAAUUAUAUUCAAUCACUGAGUGUGAAUCAAUCUUAUUUAGCUUAUAUCAUUGGUACUGGUAAUAAUUCUCGAUCCACCAAUCGUCGUUUAAAAUUAAGUGAUCAUUUCAUGAAUUUUACUCUACACACUUUUCAAAUCCAUGAACAAUCACAGAAUGUAUUUUCAUUCCUUUUUGACAUAAACAAUCGUUGGUUAAUGGGCGAAACAAAAUUAAAUGAAGAUUAUCAAACUCUGACAUUAUUUGAUUAUACUAAACAAGGUCAGCGUGUGGAUAUGUCGAUUGAUUAUAGAAAAAUUAUUCGUCAAGCUUGUUGGAUAAGUGAAACUCAUCGACUUGUUAUUGAGGUUAUUGACAAUAAUAAAAAAAAACAAUUACAAAUUUAUGAGUACGGCAGACGUUGA